AUGGGCAUCGCAAUCGCCGACAUGGUCAAUUUCCUCCGCGCCUCCAACAAUGGUGACAUCAUCACCAUCAAGGUCGACGACCAAAACUUUGAGGACAUUACCAUAACAUUCGAGUCGCCCGACAAGACUAAAACUACGGCUAUGGCUUUGUUUCUUGUGGACAGCAGAAGCCAACGCCUCAAAAUCCCGGAUUGGCACGAUAUGGAGCUGAAGUACCAGGCCAUUUUCUGCAUGCCCUCUGCGGAGUUUAUGUGGAACUGCAAGUCCCUCAGCGUCAUCGACGACGAUGUUGUCAUCUCGGUGGAUAACGAGGUCAUCAGCUUCUUUACUUCAGGAAAAAGUGGGUGCAUGAACAUUGCCCAUGUGCCGAACAAAACUGACAAGCCAGAAAAAGCUAGUGUUACCCUUACACAUAUGCGAGGGCCAGUUGAAUUGACCUUGAACCUGAGGUACAUGAACUCCUGCGCCAAGGUGUUUACCCUGUUUGAUCAAGUGAAGAUCGGUCUCUCCACCACGCAACCUGUGAUGGUCGAGUGCAAAAUUGAAGAGAAGGGCUACAUCAGAUAUUUCCUGGCACCAAAGAUCCAAAUAGAGAUUGAAGAGGAAAAGGAAGGGAAAACAGAGAUCGAAGAGGCAGAGGGAGAGGAAGGGAAAACAGAGAUCCAAGAGGAAGGGAGCCCAAGGAAUAAAGCAAAAAGAAAGAAUGCCGAGAGGAACAAGAGUUCGGAUAGGAAGGAAGAUGAAAAUAAAGAGAGAUCGAAGAAGAAGAAGGGAUCAAGAAAGAUAAAAAAUGAUGAAAAGGAAGAUGAGAUGCUGGGCUGA